UCCUUAAUGCAAAUCUAGACAAAUUUCAAGAACUACUCAUCUCAAUGCAAAUUGGGAUGAUCUGUCUCAAUUGACCACGUAAUAAACCAGAUAAUUGAUGUGUCAUUUUCACAUAUUCCCAUCCAACCGCCCUGUGAAAAAUGAUAAAAAGCUUUUGGGUUUGUAAAAUGGUGGAAGACAGAAGUAGGAAGACAUGGCCGAUCAACAAGAGACAACAAAAACAACAACACAAGAACAGAAAAAUGUGAGACAGGUUUUGGUUGCUGUUGAUGAAAGUGAUGAGAGCAUUUUUGCACUGAGAUGGGUGUUGGACAAUCUCAUUCUACACCAACCUAAUCCACACCAAGUUUACAUUCUUCAUGUAGAACCCACCUUGAAUCUCUACCCAGCUCCAGGUUAUUUCAUCACCCCUGAAAUGAUGGAUAGCCUUAAAAAGAGCCGUGAGAAAACCUCCAUGGAGAUUCUGCAACGUGCUCAGCUUGUGUGUGAUGAAAAACAUGUGUCUUCCAAGACUGUCAGUCUGGUUGGUGAUGCUAGAGAUGUCAUCUGCCAAGCAGUUGACAAGCUUGGAGCUCAUAUGUUGGUCAUGGGAAAUCAUGGAUAUGGUGCACUCAAAAGGGCAUUAUUGGGAAGUGCAAGUGACUACUGUGUUCACCAUGCAAAUUGCCCUGUACUGAUUGUAAAGAAGCCAUCAAAAUGACUUCAAUUCAAUCAUCUCCUACACCAAGUACCUCUUAUGUUCUUAUUUCUAUAUUUUAGUUGUGAUAAAGAUCUGUGAAGAAAAGGCCUCUCAUGUAAUAAUUGGCAUUUGUAAUAAAGAUAUGUAGUAUUUGUUUAUUAGUAUUUAAGGAGGUAUUCUUAGAAGAAUACACCAUAGAAAAUUUAGUAGAGUGGCAUAGUAGAGAGAAAGAUUGAAGCCUAAGAUUCAAUGUCAUUUUGUUGAAUUUACCAAUUUUAUAGUUUCUUUAUUUUCUA